GCAUCUUUGGCUUACUUUGAUUUCUUUUCAAAAUAAUCGCGUUUGUUUCCGCCUCCAACAACAAUUUCUUUGUAGAUCGUCAGAGGGGGCCGAAAAUGCGUUUAUUUGGUCGGCGGGGUUUCAAGAACAUCUUAACCUCUGUGGAAGCUAAUAAUAAAUACCAUGGGCUGGUAAACCAAGGUGCGACGUGUUACCUGAACAGUGUGCUGCAGGUGCUGUUUAUGACCGAAGACUUCAGAGAAGCUGUGAAAAGGUCCUCCAAACAAAAUGCUGGCAUUGGGCUUUUUGGUGCCCUUACAGACUUGUUUGAUAAUUUACAGAAACAUACAGCAAACACACAAAAAAUAAUAACCCAGCUGGGCAUCAACAGAGUGUAUGAACAGCGAGAUGCUGCUGAAUGCAUCGAGAAGAUUUUAACAAUGACCAGUCCUGAGGCAUCACAGAUCUUCCACGGUCUGUUAGCAAACCAAAUCACCUGCUCUAAAGGUCAUAAAGAGACUGACAGGGAUGCACCAUUUUGGCAUCUUCCUCUGUCAUUGGUGGAUUUUUACAAUCAAGACUACAGUGUAGUGAACGGCAUCGAGGAGUUUUUCAGACCUACGUAUCUAAAUGGAGAACACCAGAUGUACUGUGACUGCUGCGGUCACAAAGUUGAUGCUACUAUUACAGAUGUAAUAAAACAUCACCCAGAUGUUUUGAUUCUGCUGCUGAAGAGGUUUGAGUUCAACUACAGUUACAUGUCCUACUUCAAAAUCAGCUGUUUUGUGGAGGUUCCCUACAGCCUGCAAAUACCAGAGAAUGAGGUGUAUGAACUGUAUGCAGUUGUGGAUCAUUUUGGUGGUCUGAGAGGUGGACAUUACAGCGCAACAAUUAAAACCCAGGGUGAAGACAGAUGGUAUAUGUUUGAUGAUGCCCAGGUCACACCGCUUAAUUACCAGCCAUUCCAGGAGAAAUCCCAGAGUGCAUAUCUUUUAUUUUACAGAAAGGCAAAAAGCAAGAGUCAUAAUUGUUACCACAAGCAUUUGUUUCUUUAUAUUUGUUUUAUUUUAUUAUGUAUUUUAUUAUUCAUGCUGUAGAUAGUUAAAACAGGCAGGUUUUCCACCUGCAAUCAGUGAAAAAUAUGACCAGUGAGAAGAUGCUUAUGAGAAAGCAAAUUCAGUUCACACUGCAGAGUGAUAAUACACACAAAAAUGAAGGACGAGUAGAAUUACAGUGAUAAUUAGUGUUGUAUCUGAACUCUGCUGUAAAUGAGAUUACCCAGUAAAUGAAGCUUUUUGAGGACACUUGGGGGGGAAAUGGACAUAAAGAAAUUGUCCGGCCUCAUGAAAAUUCAGGAGUGAAGUCAGUGACAGAGAUGCAGCUGUGAUAAUCUAAUAGACAGGUUGAGAUUAGCGACGGAGAAGACAAACAUGCAACAACUGAGGAUGAACAUCAAAAACAAGUGAAUUUAAUGUCAGGAUUUGCUUGCAUGCUGUGAUCAUUGACCUGUUGCAUACCUGUUGGACACACGACCUCUUUUUUUGUGUGUGUGUGUGUGUGUG